UGAUAGAGGGCCACAAAUAAAAUCCUAAACGCAAUGGCGGAAAACAGAGAGAUGGAGAGUGACAGAACCACCCAAGAAAAUAUUGAUCUAAAUAAAAAUGAAUGUUCGGGAGAUCAGAAGGGCCAAGAUCCUAAAAAUGUUCAAGAUCUAGCACACUGUGUCCAAACUCUACUUCAAGGAAUGCAAGACAAAUUUCAGGUUAUGUCAGACCAGAUUCUUACUAGAAUUGAUGAAAUGGGUCACAGGAUUGAUGACCUAGAGAAAAAUAUAGCUGAUUUAAUGAUGCAGACAGGAGAAGAAGGAGAGAAAGGUGGUUCAGGAAGUUGAAUGGAACAUUAUAAAAACAGUAUUGAACAGUCAUGAGUGACUUUUUUCGUAUUCUUAAAUGUUUUCGUAUUUGAUGAAAAAGCUCCCAACAAAAGUUUUGAAGAUGAGGUAUUGUAGGUCUGAUUGUGUUUACUGUGUAUCCAGUUGAACCAACACAAGUAUACUAAUUCAUCAUUACUCCAUUAUUUAUUUUUUUUUGUCUGUUUUAUUUGCUCAGUAUAUAAUAUAUAACUAUUGUUUAGCUUCUCUGCAUGUUUUUAGAAUUAUUGCUGUUAUUUUUUCAAAAGUAAAAAUAUGUUAAGUUUCUAAAAUUUGGCUGAAAUGGUUUCAUUUGUCUGUAAUUAUUAUUUUUUCUUUUAACUGGUAUUUUUUUCUCAAGAAAAAAUUAAUUUCAUUAGGUUUCAGAAAAAUGACUUCACAGUGCUUGUGUGGUAACUUUAAUUUAACAGCAAUGAUUUUCCCUACAUCAUUCCAUGAUAACUGCAUAAUUUGUAUGCCUUGUUUUGAUAUUUCUAGUUUAAUUCAAUGAUAUGUCAGUUUUUUAUUAAAAAUAAAAGCAUUUUUAAAAUUGAAGCUACUGAUUUGUAUUACAGACAGCUUUGAAAAGAAGAAAUUGGUGCAAGAGGAAAUGUUAUUGAUGUUUUAUCAUAUGAUAGCUUAAGUUGUUUUCCUGAAUUUUCUGUAAUCAAAUACUAAAAUCAGGUUUCUUUACUAAACAUUUCUUCACCCUGUGAGCAUGUAAUAAUCAUGCCCACAUUGUUUCAGUAUUACCCUGUAACUUUAUACAACACUGUUUAAAUAGUUAAGUUGAAGGUAUUUUUCUGAUUGAAAUUUUGCAUUAGGCCUAUCCUUUAUCAUUUAGUUUAAAUUAAUUUGUAAGUGUAAUAACUAAAGCACAGAAUAUCAUCGUAAGUAAAAUUUAAAAAUAGAAAAAUAAUGUUUUUGUUGUAUAUGUGUUUUAUUCAACAAUUUUGUAGAUAAAUUACUCAUAAUAAAAUUAUAUAAUCUUAUGUAGUAGGAUCUGAAAUAAAUUUGACACAUUUGUGGCACAUAGAAGUAAUAUUAUGCAUAGUCUACCAACAUCUAAAAUUAAAAUUAGUGUUGACUAAUUGAAAAUUAUAUUUGACGUUUUGUUUAUUUUUUACCAAGAAAGUAAACUAUAGUAAUCUAAGUGAUACCUGUGAAAUGUUGAGAUAAUCUGAAGCUUGGUCUACUAUAAAAUAUAUAUAAAACACACUACAGUAUGAUCUGAUGUCUUAGAGAAAAAGAUAUUAGAAUAUUUGUUGUAUGAUUUACACAAGAGAUAUACAUAGUAGAAAACUAAAAACAUGUAUGAUAUUUCUGAAUAGGAAUCAUCACUUUUACAAGUUUCUAAUUUUUAUGUUUAAAAUUAACCAGUUGAGUGUAAAUGUUUCGAAUUUUUAAUAAUUUCUAGAAAUUCCAGCUUUUGAAGAAUUUGACUUGUGUUAAUUUUAGAUACUGUAACAAGAUUCAUCUACAUGUAAUAGUUUGCAGCUUUUGAUUUGGAUUGCUGACAAAGAUCUUUAUUAUUAAUCUUAACUACAACCAAUACAUGAGGCUUAUUACAUUUAAUGGUAAGUAUUCAGAUAGAACUUAUUUUUUUAAAAUUUCCUAUUUACAGGAUUGUUUUAAUAAUAAUAAUAAUAAACAUACAGAAACUUACACUAUAGAAUAUGAUUAAUUUACAAUAACAAUUAUUAUCCACCUGUGGUACUUUGAACUUUUAAAGAUGACAUUUUAUUUGCUGAUGUGGAAUAUAAUGAAAAAUUUGCCACUAAUCAUCCAUAUUUCAUAGAUCCCAUCAUAAGAGGAUAUUGCAGAAUAAACAGUUCUCCCAGAAAGGGAAGACUUUUCCACUGACCAAGAGGACAGUGCAAUUCAGUUUGGUUGUUCAUUGUUCUAUUCAGAUAACUAUAUGAAAAAGUUUGCCUUGUGGUCCUGUGAUAUUUGAAAAAUACCAUAAUUACUUCCUCUUUUAACUUUGAAAAAAAAGUGAGCAGUUUAAUUUCACACACAUUUUCACUGUUAAACAUGUUUGGUGCUCUUAUUGUUUUCGAUGUGCAGUUAAACUGACUAUUACAUGUCUUGAUCUUCUUGUGUUAUUCAUGUGUUUUGAUAGGUCAUUCUCUUUUGGUGUUACUGAACUUUCCCAUGAGGGUGUCAUUGGAGAAUUCUUUAGUGACACCAGUCACUUAGAGGUUUAGAGAUACCUAGAGGUUGUCUUCUGUAUUUUAACUUUUGGGGUAACCAAGUGACAUUAGUAGCAAGUGCCCUAUGGAAAAAUUUACUAUUAUAAUAAGUAUAAAGUUGUUUGUUCUGUCAGUUGUAUGCAAAUCUUGUUCUUGGAUAGAGCUAUUAACAGCUAGAGAUUAAUUCUAUCUUUUGUUUUGUCCAUAAAUCAUUUGAAUUAUUUAUAUCUUGUGUGGUAGAGUUAAUAAAUAUUAAUUUUUGUGUUACUACAAA